AUGAUAUUGAUAUCUUUGGGAUCUGUUUCCAGGACUUCAACUAGGGACUACAAGGAAACAGCUUACCAAACUAAAAAUGAUUCAUCAUCAGGGAGCGACUUCCAAGAUUCAUCACCGCCUCAUAUAGUUGAGUCACCACUGUUUCAUAAGAUGGUUAAAUCACCUGCUCAUCAGGAAACAAAUGGGAUCCAUACUAUUCAGCUAUCAAAUGGCACCUAUGACUAUGAAGAAUCUACAAAAGAUCAAAUCCCACACCCAGAGCAAACGUCUAGGUUUGAAACAAGGUUACCGGAAUUGCCUAAGAUUGAUGCUAGUCUUGCAAAACAAGAAACCUCAAAUGCUUCAGACCCUGCAUCCCCCAUUUCACUGUUUUUGCCAUCUGGUUCAAAAAAUAAGUGUUCUCGUUCAGAACUGAAGGAAAAUGAGAGAAAACUUCAGCGGCCUCCAUCCUUUUGGAGGCUUGUGAGGCUCAGUUUUGCAGAAUGGCUUUAUGCAGUUCUAGGAAGCUUUGGUGCUGCUAUAUUUGGAUCUUUCAAUCCUCUUCUUGCUUAUGUUCUUGCACUUAUAGUAACAACAUAUUACAGGGAUGGUGAAGGGCAUCACCUACAUUAUGAAGUGAACAAAUGGUGCACAAUCAUCACAUGCAUGGGUGUGGUAACAGUUGUUGCCAAUUUUUUGCAGCACUUCUACUUCGGCAUAAUGGGGGAGAAAAUGACUGAGCGAGUUAGGAGACUGAUGUUUUCAGCAAUGCUGCGCAAUGAAGUUGGAUGGUUUGAUGAAGAGGAGAACACAUCUGACACCUUUUCCAUGCGCUUAGCAAAUGAUGCUACAUUUGUGCGUGCUGCUUUUAGCAACCGACUUUCCAUUUUCAUUCAAGACAGUGCAGCUGUUAUUGUUGCUGUUUUUAUUGGGAUGUUACUGGAGUGGAGAUUGGCAUUUGUGGCUUCGGCAACUCUGCCAUUUCUUGUUGUUUCUGCAAUUGCACAGAAAAUGUGGCUUUCUGGGUUUUCAAGGGGCAUACAAGAGCUGCACAGGAAGGCAUCUUUGGUCCUUGAGGAUGCAGUAAAGAGCAUUUACACUGUGGUGGCAUUCUGUGCCGGAAACAAGUUCCUUCUCUUCGCCUGUAAUGCUCUAUUACUUUGGUAUACUGCUAUUUCUGUUAAAAAUGGAGAUAUUGAUCUACCCAAUGCUCUCAAGGAAUACAUGGUCUUCUCUUUUGCAACCUUUGCUCUGGUAGAACCAUUUGGCCUUGCCCCUUACAUUCUCAAACGGCGGGAGUCUCUCAUUUCUGUUUUUGAAAUAAUUGAUCUGCCUGCAGUACUAGCCAACCGGCGGAGUGCAGGACUCAUGCUGGCAUUCAAGAAAACUGGGGAUAAUGCCAACGAUGAAUCAUGGCUGUAA